AUGGUUAUGGAACUGGCUAAAGUUGUAAGCUACGUUCCUGAAAAGAAGCAUUACUUGUACCAGUUCAACUACAGACCUAGUUUCAGCAAAGCCCCACAAUGGAUGUCAGCUCUGCAUGGAAUUGAGAUGCUUUUCCUGUUUGAUGUGCGACAGCAAAUGUUCACCGACAAAGGCAAUGGGCCACCUAAUGCUGAAGACAUUCUGGUAUCUCAACAAAUAAUGGAAAGGUGGACCAACUUUGCCAAGACAGGGAACCCAACGUCAACUGUUCCAAACGGCGGAGCGACGUGGAACCAAUAUAGGUCAACAACACCUCACUACCUUCAAAUCAAUUCUGCUUCCCAGGAGAAAGUCUUGUCUCCAAAUGAAAUCAUUAAUUAUUAUCGCCAAAUUCUCGACACUCUUCAGGGACCAAGCUCAACCCCCAUUGUGCCCAUUGUUGGGUAG